AUGAGCCUGCUUAUUGGAUGGUUAUCGUCGUGGUUCCAAAGUGAACCAGCCACCCCAGAAUUGAAGAAAGAAAUAGAAUCUAACAUUAAUUCACACAAGAUACUUGUUUAUUCCAAAUCCUAUUGUCCUUAUUGCACUUCAACAAAAUCUCUAUUACAAAGUUUAAACCAAGAUUACAAAGUCAUUGAAUUAGAUCAAAUUCCGAAAGGUUCAGCAAUUCAAAAUGGAUUACAAGAGUUAACUGGUCAACGUACCGUUCCUAAUAUUUUUAUUAAUGGGAAACACAUUGGUGGCAAUUCCCAUAUUCAAGCUUUACAUUCCCAAGGCAAAUUAAAACCACUUUUUGGAUAG